AUGGUUCAUUUGCUAAGUGUUGAUACCAAAGAUGAUGGAAGAUUGAAACAAAAGUUAGACGUGCUUAAAUCAAGUCGACGGAACUACCCGAUCACAAUGCUAAAAUCAUUGAUCAUAGAUAUUGGAGCUCAAGAAGAAUCGCAAAAGGCGGACAAAAUUCCUUGGAUAAUGUAUUUAUGCUUGGAAAGUAUAGAAGUUCAUCCAUACGUCGGAAAACUCGUCGAGCGGCAAGGAAAGUCGACAACAAAUAUAAGGAUUCCAUCAAGCUUUGUGUUGGCCAGUAACCAAGUCGACAGUAGGUCGUCGAGCUUUGCAUCGGCCAGCAACCAAGUCAAUAGGGGCUUUGCAUCGGCCAGCAAGCAAGUCGACGGCUGA